GAAUAUACGAGGGAAUAAAUUACAACUGAUAAAUCAUUGAGGAAGUUUAACAAAUCUUCUUUGUUAGCAUGUAGUUUUGGAUUUGUUUUGAUGAGAAUUGAAAGAAGUCUAAAUGUUUAUUGAGGUUAUGGUUCAGCGUUUGUUUCUACGGGUGUUAAGAUCCUGAAAAGGUACAUCAGACGCAUGGCCCCGGCCCCUAAAAUGCCCCUUCUCCAAAAUCAUCUCAUCCUCCCCCAUCAUCACCACCCCCAACCAAAAAAACGUCUCAUGGUACAUUUGAUUCUCCACCUGGCCAUGUUGUAAGCAAACAAUCCACACCACCUGCCACACACAAGUCAACCAAGUCUCCAAGCCACAAAGAACACCAUGAUAAAUCAGUUGACGACUUACAUACAAGAUUUUCUAAUGCAAGUUAUAAAGAAAUUGUUCUUGCAUUAGUUUUGGUCGCUAUCGUUUUUGUUCUUUUCAUCAUCAUUUGUGUUAGUUGCGCUAAGAGGAGGAGGAGGAGGAGGAAGAAAAGGCAGAAGGCCACGGCUUACUAUAAUAAACCACCUCCAGCAACUGGAAGUGGAGACAAUUACAAUAGACAAAGGGCAGAUUCAUCUCACGAGUAUGUGAUCCAAUUCACAAGACCUGGAAUGAUGAGUGUUCCUGUUGGUGUUGGUGGCAAAUCAGGGGCCUCGGGCUCACACCAGCCCAACACAAGUGGUAACUUGUCAACCUUCGCGUUGCAUACACCAAAAGUGACUUUAGCAUUCGGUAUACGAAAUUUCUCAUACAAUGACCUAUCAACGGCCACUAGAGGGUUCUCACAGCUCAACCUGUUGGGUCAGGGUGGGUUCGGGUAUGUGCAUAAAGGAAUUUUGCCUGGUGGGGAUGAGGUGGCAGUAAAGAGCUUGAAAUCGGACAGUAAUCAAGGAGAGCGAGAGUUUCAAGCAGAAGUUGAAACCAUUAGCAGAGUACACCAUCGCCAUUUGGUAUCACUGGUUGGAUACUGCAUAGCUGAUGCGCAAAGAAUGCUUGUCUAUGAGUAUGUUCCUAAUAGGACGUUAGACUUUCAUCUUCAUGGAAAGGGUUGUCCCGUCAUGAAGUGGGAAACAAGGAUCCGUAUUGCAUCAGGAUCAGCCAGGGGACUUGCAUACCUACACGAAGAUUGUGAUCCACGAAUUAUCCAUCGUGAUAUUAAAUCUUCCAACAUCCUCCUUGACUACAACUUUGAAGCAAAGGUGGCUGAUUUUGGAUUGGCUAAACUAGCGUCCUUAGAAGACACUCAUGUCUCAACACGCGUUAUGGGAACUUUCGGGUACUUAGCUCCAGAGUAUGCUUCGAGUGGAAAGCUAACAGAAAAGUCUGAUGUUUUCUCAUUUGGGGUAAUGUUGUUGGAACUGUUGACCGGAAAGAAACCAAAUGAUCCUAUCUUUAACAACACGGAAGAUAGCUUAGUGGAAUGGGCAGGGCCACUCCUAGUCGAGGCGUUGGAAAAUAGAAACUACAAUGAGCUUGUUGAUCCACGCUUAGAAGGGAACUAUGAACCAAAUGAGGUGGCCCGUAUGGUUUCUUCUGCUGCAGCUAGCAUUCGUCAUGCAGCUAAAAGGCGUCCCAAGAUGAGCCAGAUUGUACGAGCAUUGGAAGGCGAUGUAACAUUAAAUGCCUUGAACGAUGCCUUGAAACCACAACGAGUUGACUCUACAUUAAGCCUUUCGAGCCUUGACACGCCGACUUCCAUCGUUAACGACACAAAGGCCUACAAUAGCGACAUGAGGGAAUUCAGGGAGAUGGCAGAACCGACCAAGAGCUCAGAAGAAGCUAGCAGUUAAUAGCAGUGAACUUGUUUUUGUCUUAUUGACAGGCAAUGCAUCUCUCCAAGCUGCAAAGAAACAUCGGGUUCAAAACUCAACCAUCGGAGAUGAAUAGUGUUCAGUGUGAAAGUUCAGUACGAAAGCUAACGUGAUAGUUUAAAACUGAGAAAUGGCUUUAAUCCUAAGACCAUUGGAGAUGGUCUAAGAGGAUAGAAGUCGAUCCAUAAUUGAUCAAUGAUCCAUUUGGAAUUUACAGAGUGAUAUUACUUGUCUACCAUUUAUGAAUACAUCAUACUGACAUUUUAUAGUAGCGUUCUGUUUUGAAGCGUCUAGGUUUACACCCACACACACACACACACACGGUCGAUAGUUGUAAUAAGAUACCUUUGAUAUAUAUGUAAACUCACUCAGUAUGAGCUUGAUCUUUCGGCCCGCAAGAUCAACAUAUUUGAUACAGGAAAAGAAUUAUUCAUUUUAGUUCAA